UACAAUAUUCCCCACAUUUGUCUAUUUCCCAAAUUCACCCGGUUCAGUUCUGUUAUUUCUUUUCUUUUUUUUCCUUUUUCCUCACUGAACCGGUCCAUGUUACUAGGCUCAACAAAUGUAACUGGAUUUUUUUGGCUUCCAUUAACAAACUUUUUAGAGCUUUUUCCCAUGAGAUCUAUUCAUAAAGUUGUGUAAAUAGCGGAAUUUUUUAUAAAAUAAAUUGUAAUAAUAAUACGAAGAAAAAAUGGCUGGAGGAGAUGCAAGUUCAAGGGAAUUAGAUCAAACACCUACAUGGGCUGUGGCUUUGGUUUGUGCUGUUAUUGUUCUUAUUUCCAUUUUAUUGGAAAAGGUUCUUCAUAAAGUUGGACAGACAUUUGAGAGGAGACGAAAAAGUGCAUUGGUGGAAGCAUUGGAGAAGAUUAAGGCUGAGCUUAUGGUUCUUGGUUUUAUAUCGUUGCUUCUGACGUUCGGACAAAAUUACAUAUCGCGAAUAUGCAUACCUGAAAGGGUUGCAGACACAAUGUUGCCAUGCCCUGCCCAACAACACGCACGUUUGGGAUAUGGAGGAGGACAUCAUGCACCUGGACAAGGUCAUCAUCAACCACCUGGUACCGGAGAAGCUCAUCGAAGGCUUCUAUCAGACCAUAGGAUAUUAGCAGCUGAUAGUCCUGCAGAAACCUGCAGGCCGGGACAAGUUCCACUUAUAUCCACCCAUGGUUUGCAUCAGCUGCACAUUUUCAUAUUCUUUUUAGCCGUCUUCCACGUUAUUUACAGUGCCAUAACAAUGCUGCUCGGAAGAUUAAAGAUUCGUGAGUGGAAGGAAUGGGAAAGGCAAGUUGAGCAUGAGUAUGAAGCAUCCAAUGAUGCCUCAAGAUUCAGGCUUACCAAGGAGACAUCUUUUGUUAGGGAUAAUACGAGUUUUGGAACCACCCCAAUCAUUUUCUACAGUGUGUGCUUUUUUAGGCAAUUUUUCAGGUCAGUUAGGAAAGCUGACUACUUGACCAUGCGCCACGGUUUCAUCACGGUCCAUUUAGCACCUGGAAGUAAGUUUAAUUUUCAAAAGUACAUAAAAAGAUCCUUGGAAGAUGAUUUCAAGGUUAUUGUGGGAAUCAAUUCAUUGCUAUGGUUUUCUGCAGUUGUUUAUCUUCUGUUGAAUGUCCACGGAUGGCAAGCUAUGUUUUGGCUGUCCAUACUGCCUUUAGUUAUAAUCUUAGCAGUUGGCACAAAACUUCAAGCAAUUAUAGCUCAGAUGGCUCUUGAAAUUCAAGAAAGACAUGCUGUAGUCCAAGGCAUACCUCUUGUUCAAGUUUCAGAUAGAAAUUUUUGGUUUGGAAAGCCCACUCUAAUUCUUCAUCUUGUCCAUCUCACCCUCUUUCAGAAUGCUUUCGAGAUAACUUAUUUCCUUUGGAUAACAUAUGAAUUUGGGCUCCAUUCCUGUUUUCACGAUAAUUUUUACCUCGCCUUAUUGAGAGUUGCUAUCGGGUUAGGUGUUCAGAUUUUGUGCAGCUACAUUACACUUCCACUGUAUGCACUUGUUACCCAGAUGGGAUCAACCAUGAAGAGAUCAAUAUUUGAUGAUCAAACUUCCAAGGCACUAAUGAAUUGGCAUAAGAAUGCAAAAAAGAGGAGACCUACAAAGCCUGGACCAAUAGAAACACGAAAAUUAGGGAGUCCAGGGGAAUCACCUGAAACUUCCCCGAGUACAAAAGGUGGUCUCGGAUCAAGAAGAAAAAUGUCUCAAGUAGAGCCGUUGUCCUCUAAUCAGACAGCCAACAUUGUUGCUAGCGUUGACAUUCCAGAGGAAAAGCCUCCCGCGAACCCUGACCUACUUACAGGUCUUUGAUUGACACAACAACAAGCAGAGAUAACUCAUGUCUCAUAGAAAGGA